AGUGUGUGUGUGUGUGGAUGGAAGUGCCAGACUCGGGGCUGAGAGAGCUGCUGCAUGGCUCGGACAGUGCGUGCGCGCGCUCGGGACGGAACUAGCUGAAGAAGAGGAAAGUUAGCAGAAGCUCCAGUCCGGCGAGGAAAGGUUGCUGUAUGACUGAUCGACCGUGAGCAGAUGACUGUGGUGCCGAGGGAUCAGACGCAGUAAAAUCGAGGCAGCCUCUGUUGUCCUGUGGGGAAAAGAGAGGAGAGAGAGAGGGGGCGAGAGAGAGAGAGAGAGAGAGAGGGAGGGAGUGAUAGGGCUGAGAGAAGAACUGCGUCUGUCGUCAGUCCCCCCGCGUCUCACAGGAGAGCAGCCAUGGAGAGGGCUCUGCUGUGCCUGGCUCUGUUCUGGCUGCCUGCGGCCUCUAUGCUGUGCCCCAAGCGGUGCACGUGUCAGAACCUGCUGCCGUCCUACACCGUCCUGUGCGCCAAGACCGGCCUGCUGUUCGUCCCGCCCAACAUCGACCGCCAGACGGCCGAGCUGCGCCUCAUGGACAACUUCAUAACCACGCUGCGUCACCGCGACUUCGCCAACAUGAGCAGCCUCAUCCACCUCACGCUGUCCCGCAACACCAUCAGCCUGAUCCUGCCCUACGCCUUUGCUGACCUGCAGGACCUGCAUGCCCUGCACCUGGACGCCAACCGGCUGACCACACUGGACGACACACACCUGCAAGGCCUAGUCAACCUGCGCCAUCUCAUUCUAGCCAACAACCAGCUGCACAGCAUCUCUGAUGGAGCCUUCCAGGACUUUCUGGAGACCCUGGAGGACCUGGACCUGUCUUACAACAAUCUGGUGGACGUCCCGUGGGACACCAUAGCCCUUCUGGUCAGCGUCAACACUCUAAGCCUGGACCACAAUCUCAUCGAGUUUGUGCCGGAGGGGAUUUUCUCCAAUCUGCACAAGCUGGCUAGACUGGACAUGACAUCCAACAAGCUGAAGAAGAUUCCCCCAGACCCACUGUUCCUACGGAUCCCAGUAUACGCUAAAAUGAAAGGAUCACCCCUAACGGCCCUGGUGUUGAGCUUUGGGGGCAACCCGCUGCACUGCAACUGUGAGCUGGUGUGGCUGCGGCGACUGACCCGCGAGGACGACUUAGAAACGUGCGCUUCGCCCAAAGAGCUGGCCGGAAAGUACUUCUGGACCAUCCGCGAGGAGGAGUUUGUGUGCGAACCGCCCAUGAUCACCCGCCACACCUCUAAAAUGUUCGUGAUGGAGGGUCAGGAGGUCAGCCUGCGGUGUCGUUCGGUGGGAGACCCUGAGCCCACCACACACUGGGUCAGCCCUGAUGGAAAACUGAUCGGAAACACGUCCCGCACCACUGCAUUUGAGAACGGCUCCCUGGACAUUCUGACCGCCACAGUCAAAGACUCAGGCGUCUUCACUUGCAUAGCCUCCAAUGCAGCUGGAGAGGCUACUGCACCAGUGGAGCUGGUGGUCAACCCCUCGCCCCAUUAUGACCCCAAACUGGAGCCUGAGCCCGGACCCUCAGACAUGCCCACUUCAAUCAAGUCCAACAGCAGCGGAGGAGGGCAGCCGCGGGCCGAGCAUAGGGUCAGCGUGACCGAAGUUACGUCCACGUCAGCCACCAUCCGCUGGCCUUCGCAAAGCCAUAUUCCUGGUGUUCGCAUGUACCAGAUCCAGUACAACAGCUCCACAGAUGAAAUCCUCAUUUACAGGAUGAUCCCAGCCUCCCAUAAGCUCUUCCAGCUAAGUGACCUGGCCUCCUCUCGGGACUACGAGCUGUGCGUGUUGGCCGUUUACGAUGACGGUGUUACGGCUCUGACGGCCACUCGUCUGGUGGGCUGCGUCUCCUUCACCACAGAGCGGGAUUUCCACCGCUGCCGCUCCCUCCACGACCAGUUUCUGGGUGGAACCAUGAUCAUCGUCAUCGGUGGCAUUAUUGUGGCCUCCGUCCUCGUCUUCAUCUUCAUCCUGCUCAUGAAGUACAAGCUCCACAGCCAGCACUACAAGCAGAAGGCCGCUAGAGUCAGCAACGUCUGCUCCCAGACCAACGGCGGCCAGCAGGGAGCCGCGUCUGCCCCUCCGCCUCCCACCAGGUCAUCCUCUUCCUCUGGUUCGGCCAGCAAACCCUCCGCCCCACUUAGUCAGGACAGGCUUGAAGGCUGCGGGGGCCAGGAGGGCGGCUAUGGAGCACUGAAAGGCACUACGGUGGUGGACUUGAACCCGGAAUAUGGGAAAUCAGUCAAAGAAGACGAUUCCAUAUCGCAAUAACACAGGAUCAAAUCCAACACUCUCCCACCCCUUCCUCUUCCUCCUCCACUUGCCUCCCUCCUUCUUUUUUUUUCUGGUGCUGGGGUCUCGCUGCCUUAUUGAGGAUUUACCUCCCGUCCAAGGCAAACUCAGUCUGGAGGCUAAUAUAAAUUGCCUGGGAUUGGAGCCAAUACACUACUGGGAGAAGAGGUGGGUGGAAGCCAGUAACAGCAACUGUUUUCAGUCCCUUAUGCAAGCUUCUCCACAAACAAUGGAUAUUAAUGAGCCUGUUUGGAGCAUAUGGGCAUAAUUUUGUCCUAACCAGAGGCCAUCGCUCCUAGAAAAAAAUAUAUAAUAUUAAAAAAAAUAAUAAAAUGACCAUCGUUGGACUACAGAAGUGAACACGUCUAUUGGAAUCUGUUGCUGUUCUUUCAUGAACCUAUGGAAACUGAAUAUUUACCAUGAUCGAGCUCCAGUGCUCAGACACCGUGGGAAGUUCAGCUUGUAGAAAAGUGCAAAGCCAAAGGAAUAAUAUGCUCUGAUUCAACGUGAAAUGGUGGAUGGAAAUACAGUGUUAGCACAGGUCAUGGAAAUAUUGAUAUACUAAUAACGAGUGAACUUUCUGGGCACUUUAUGAUAAAUUCCACUCUUCUAUUCUCUCUCAAUCACUCGAACUUUCUCCCCUCUUGCCCUUGUGGGAUAACUGUACAUCUGUUCAGCUGAUUUUCAGGCAUGGUGUGGCUCUACACAGCUUUUGGAGAUCGAUUCCAAAAGAGAAAGACACCUCCAGGAUCUCGCCAAUGCACUGAAACUUUUUAAAAUCACAUGUAUCAACAGAACUGAAUGCUUGGACAUUUUUAAAACACACCGACUCUAAUAGACAUUAAAAAAUAUGUUCGACACUAAGCAGGUCUCUUUGAAAGUUGGCCUGAACAAAUAAAAUACUGUUCUUUUUUUUCUCCAAUUGACUGUGUACGUAUUUGUAUGUGGGGUACACCUUCAGCCAUCUCUGAUUUGAAUUAUAAGUGAAAAUAAUAAAAGUCCUGGGAUGGAAUUUUAUGCUUUCAUAGGUACUAUAUGUGGAUUUAUAAAGAAAUAAAGUAUUUUUCUUCAA